AUGUCAGUAUUGAGCACACGAAUACGCCGCUGUGUACAACUGAAAUUCCAAGCAAAAGUACCUUGCGAUCCUUUCAAAUCCCUGUUGAACGUUCAACAAGCGUCACAUCCCUGCUCCUUUUUGACUGCUUCCAGCUUCUCAGCAAAACAAAGGGUAUUCUCUACCUCCUCCACCACGUUCUCCGACUCUUCCGCCAACCCACCAAGACAUCCAUCACCGUAUCGACUUGUUCAACCUCACACAUUCCUUUCUCAAUUUGCGCCGUUACAUAUAGCAGGAUGGCGACUGGAUUCUAUAGUAGCACAAGAGCGACUCAUCAAUCCUCUAUCUACCAUAGAUGAGGUAUCUUCUUCGGCAGAUGAGAAGGAAGGAGGGGAUCUACAAGAUCGUAGACUUGUUAGAGCUUUUUCGAUGGGAGAAGGAAAAGAUGGAUGGAAAGAUACGAUGAAUUUCGUACAGAAAUCAGGUGAAAUCAUAGACACUGAAGACCAUCAUCCAACGAUACUCAUAAUACCUUCAACCGAUUAUACACCUUCUUCACCCUCGUUAGUAUCGUCAAAAGAAGUGAAUGGAUAUAUAGUAGAGAUAUCAACACAUACACAUACACCUCUACCACCAUAUCCAAAAUCAACUAAAGACGCCAUAAAGAUGAGACCUGGAAUCACGGCAAAGGAUAUACGACUAGCUGAGAAAUUGGAAGAAAGCUGGAAAGCGAUAAUGGGUGGGAAAGAGAAGAUUGAAAUGAAAAAGGAAUAG